AAAAUUACUUUUAUUUUGAAAUACGCGUUGUUUGCAGUCACAGGAAGUACAAUCGGGUUCAAUUGGAUUUUCUCGUGGCGCUUGAAAAUGCUGUGAUUCUGACAGCUGUUGAAGUAUAAUAAUUGCAACAGGGAGCGCAAAACAAUACAUCUGGUGAGGUGAAAUAGCUGGCGCGUUGGGCGGCGGAGCGGAGUCUUUGCCCUGCAGUGCAAUCAUGAGUCUGGUACUUGACGAACUGUUUAUUUGCUGCCGUGGAUUGGGAAAUGAAAAGGCCACGGAGAGGAAGAAAGAGAUGGAUCGAUUCAGACGACUCAUCCGCUCCUCCGAAACCGCGCAGGAACUGGAUCGCGUGUCAGGAAACAGAGCGUCCAGACAAUCAAAACAGCUCACAUGGGACACUGUAUUUAGGUAUCUGCAGCGGUACCUCCAGAAAGAGACAGAGCUAUUGCAGUCGGGCAAGGCUAACGUGUCAGCCUCCACGCAGGCCAACCGCCACAAAAAGAUGCAGGAGCUGAGCAGCCUGGUCAAAUACUUCAUCCGCUGCGCAAACAAGCGAGGUCCGAGGCUAAAAUGCGGAGAUCUUCUCGCGCACAUCGUGGACGUACUGGGCGGUUCCUUCACAUCCAGUGCCUACGGGGAAGACUACAGCAGCAUUCUGCUGAAAGACGUCCUAUCCAUCCGCAAGUACUGGUGUGAGAUCACCCAGCAGCAGUGGCACAAGCUGCUGGAUUUGUAUUGCGGACUCUUCAACGGCCUCUCCAGAGCCAUCAACCGCGUCCUCCUCAGCCGGAUCAUCCACGCCGUGGUCCAGGGCUGCUGUCUGCAGACCGACGGGCUGGCCCACACGCUCUUCAGCUUCUUCUCCAAAGCCCUGGGCAGUGCCAGGCAGGAGAAGCACCUGGCCGUGCUGGAGCACCUGGUCUCCGCCCUCAACGUGUUCCUCCGGGCGUCGGCCACCAACUGGCGGGCGCGGGCGUGUCGCCUCGGCGAGGAGCUCCUCCCCUCGCUGCUGUGCGUGUGGGCCCAGACCCGGCCCAGCCCCGCCCUCAAGGAGGAGAUCCUGCAGUUCUUCCACCUGCAGGUGCGCGUGCACCACCCCAAGGGGGCCAAGACGCAAGCCACAGGUGCCCAUGCGGAGGACUGGGCGAAGUGGCAGGGCCUCCUGUACAGCCUUUACGACGCGCUGGUGGGCGAGAUCGGCCAGAUCGGCAGCCGGGGGAAGUACGUCACCGGGUUGCGGCACAUCGCGGUGAAGGAGAACCUGAUCGAGCUGACCGCCGACAUCUGUCACCAGCUCUUUGGCAAUGGCAUGCAUGAGGUUACCGUGCCCCACCUGAAGGGGGCGCUGCAGGACAGCACCCAGGGGACCCCCAGCAAGCGCAGGCGCAUCGAGCUGGGGUGGGACGUGAUCCGGGACCACCUGCAGCCGAACCAGGACGACUUUGACAUCAUACCGUGGCUGCAGAUCACGUCGGUCCUGGCGUCCCGGUACCCGUCCACCCUGGGGGACUCGGAGCUGGCGCCCCUGCUGUCGGCACUGUGCCAGCUGCUGGCCGGGCAGCGUCGGGGCGAGCGGGGUCCGUACGUCCUGCGCUGCCUGCGGGACCUGGCGCGGUGCCAGGCCCGGCGCCCGCGUCCGCGCCCGGGCUCCUCCCAGGGGGCGGAGCUGGGCAAGCUGUGGGCGCGGCUGUGGGCCCUGACCGUGCGCGGCCUCGGCUCGCCCCACACCGAGGCCCUCAGCCUGGACCUCCUCUGCGCCCUCCUCCAGGGGGCGCUGGUGCCCGUCGGCAGGGAGUUCUGGAAGAUCUUCACCGGCUCUGCCUGCAAACCUUCCUGCGCCACGGUGACGUGCCUGUCCCAGCUCCUGCUGAAAUGCGCCGUCCCCAAAGCUCUGGACCUGGCCUGUGACAGCCUGGGGGCGGGGCCGGAAGGGGGCGGGGCUCCCUGUCUGAAGGAGGCUAUCGUCAGCUGGCUGCUGAUGAACGAGCAAGGCGAGGAGAUGGAGGACAGCUCCAAACCCCACCUCGUCCUCUGCAGACCCCAUGACACGGAAUUUCCACAUCUCCUGGUUCCCAAAAUCCUCGUGUCGUUGAUGCUGAAGGACAGCAGGGCAGGCAUGCUAUUUCUCCAGGGCCAAUCAGCAGAGAGCACAUGGAGCCCGAACACCCCGGCCUCAGAGGGUGAGGAUUCUCUGUCCAAAAUCGAGAGCCUGUACCUGCAGUUCACCUUCGACGAAGAGCCCCCCGCCUCCGCGGCGGACCUGGGCGGGGCCGCGACGCGCCCGGAGGAUGCUCAGUCCACCGCCGUCCCCGCGCUCCGGGAACGGGUGGAGCAGCACCUCCUCUCCGUCGCCGACCACCUCCUCAACUGCUACUCCCCCGAUUCUCAGGCCACGCCCCCAGACUGCCUGGUCCGAGGCUGCUCCCUCCUCACCGGCGUUUUGGCGGGGUACCUGUGCACCGGUCUCCUCACUGAAGAAGAGUCUUACAGGUCCCCGCUCUUCCAGAAGGCCAAGUCUUUGGCGCAGCUGAUCAGCGAGUUCGUCUCCAUGGCGAAGAGCAAGGCCGCGGAGACGGCGACCGUUUCCACGCUCAGGGACGUCACGCAACUCUGCAGGGACUGCGUCGGCAGGGGGUCAAAGGUUAGACCGGGCCUUCGCCGCCAUCCUGUCCCCAUCAUCAUCAUCAUCAUCAUCAUCAUAUGUCCAGAGUCCACUUCUGUAUUUCCCAGGACCCGUGCAGUUUACCGCUAUCCCCCCCAGGUCCCAAGAGUCCUGCCUUUCCCAGUGCUGCUGCUGACCGAGCUCUCGGAAAUCUGCAAAGUGAUGCUGACAAACUCCUGCAAGCCAGGCGCCGCGGUUGCCGAGGACGACCAGAAGGAUGACGACUGGGAGGAGCCGCAGACGCAGGCCGAUCGCCAGGACGACCUUGACCUCUUCGACGACGGGGGCGAGGGGCACAGCGGCGCGAACGCAGAGAAGUGGCAGAGCGCCGACGGCAGCGACGCCCAGUAUGGCACAGGGGUAAGGAGCACGCUCGCUCCGAAGCUCCUGACCAAUCAGGACACGGCGUUCCUGACCGCUCUGGAGUUCCUGUGCCUGUGCGCUCGCUCGGAGUUCAUCCACGGCCUGUCCUUCCGGCCCGCCGAGGUCCGGAGGCGGCUGCUCCUGCUCCCCCACCAGAUCGACCGCGCCAACCCGCUGCACCUCCACACGUAUCUGACUCUGUUGAAGAACCUACCUGCUGAAGACACGAUUCUAACGGCUGAAGAUUUUGACUCCCUCCUGGGUCCUCUGGCGGAUCUGUGCUCCUUGUACCGGCAAGACCAGGAGAUCUGCGCUGCCCUGCUGCUGGGCCUGCUCCCCUGCAUCCGCUGUCUGGGCCGGGCCCAGAACCAGAACCAGGCCGAGGACAUGAGGGACGUGCAGGGGGCCUUGCUGAAGGUCGUCUCUGGCUUCUGCAUUCUUUCCAAGACGGGCAAGUGUACGGCGUCUGUGAGAGCGGGUCUGGUGAGGUGUUUGGUGACCCUGCUGGAGGCCGACCCCCGCUGCAAGUGGGCGGUCCUCGCGCUGAGGGAGGAGGAGCUCCCCGUGUCCGUCGUUCUACCCUCCCACCUGGCCGACGCCCACCACCACGUCCGCAUGCUGGCUGCCAUGACGGUCAACAGGCUCUUCCUGGAGUGGACUCCGGACGGCUCGGAGAGGAAGAGGAUGCUUCCGCUGAAGCUUCAGCAGAAGGCCUUCGAGAACGUCUACCUGGAGGCUCAGAAUGGCAUGACGGUCCAGAGCGGCGGCGUGCCGGAGGAGCGUCCGGACGAGGCGCGUAACCGGCGAGCGACGCUGCUGAAGGGCCUGGCCGUGGUGCUGUGCAGCAGCCCCGUGUGUGAGAAGCAGGCUCUGUUCGCCCUCUUCCAGGCCUACCGGGAGAACAAGAUCGACGAGAAGCUGGUCAAGAAGGUUCUGGAGAGCGUCUCGAGAGCGCUGAGCUACAGGAGCGGGGAGAGCUUCGUGAACUCUCACCUGCACUACCUGGUCACUGAGUGGCUGCGUCACUACAGCCUGGGGUCGUUUCCCUACGGGCUGCUCUACCACACCUCCCUCCACGAGUUCUACAGGUCCUCCUACCACGUCCUGGUCCCUCACCUGGUGUACCUGGACGACUUUGAGCAGGUGAGGGUCGUGGGGGCGGAGCUUGGGCAGGACUGGAAGCAGCUGCUGGCCGACUGCUUCCCCAAAAUCACCGUCAACAUCCUGCCGUACUUCGCCCCGCCCGGGCAGGACGGCCACGCCGCCCAGCAGAGGGAGAAGGCCCACCGGGUCUACGACCUGCUCAAGGACAGCAGCUGCCUGGGCAAGGAGCAAAUUGACAGCCUGAUCAAGAGUAACCUGGCGGACAUCGUGGUGGAGCUGCUGAUGACGCUGUACGAAGGGGCGGGGCAGGAGGAGGGGGAGGAGUCUGGAGACCUGCGCAGGUUUAUAGGGGAACUGGAUCCAGCCCCGAACCCUCCUUACUUCAGUUCGUACGUGAUCAAAGCCACGCUGGACUACCUCAGCAAGUGCCACGGCAGCAGCGGCAGGUCUCUGGUCGCCAUCCUGUCUAAGACCCCGAUCUCCAUCCAGAAGAUCCUGCUGGCGGUCUGCCAGAAGGUGGCGGAGACGACCAACGCUUACGAGCGGCACCGCAUCCUGCUGGUGUACCGCCUGUUCGUGGGCCUGCUCCUCCGCGAAGUGAAGGAGGGGCUGGGCGGGGCCUGGGCCUUCGUCCUGAGAGACGUCGUCUACACGCUCAUCCACCACAUCAACGGCAGCCCGGCCCAGUUAGAUGAGGUCACUACCCGGAGCCUCUCGCUGUGCCUGGACCUGCUGGAAUCCGUGUGCCGGACAGCUGUCCUGUUCUGUGAGGAUGCUCUGGAGUGCCACCUGCAGGUCAUUGUUGGAACUCUCACCACACAGGUGACCGACCAGCCAGCCAUCUCAGAGCAGGUGCUCAGAUUGCUGAAGUUCCUGAUUAUGGAGAAUAAGGACAACGAGCACCUGAGGAGGGCCAUCCAGCUGCUGGAGCCCCUCCCAGAUCGCCCCGCCUUCCGACAGCUGCGAGAAGCACAGCACGCGCUCAAAUACAGCACUGGGGAAUUCACCCUCCGACAGGAAAUUGAGUACUUCCUGUCAGUGUCAUCCUGCGACUCCCUCCCCCUGGCCCGUCUGGAGGGGCUCAAGGACCUGAGGAGACUGCUGCGCACCCAGAGGGGCCAGAUCAGGAGCCUGCUCCAGGAGUGUCAGGCGGACCCUGCAGACAGUGUGCUGGUGAAGCUGGUCCUCAGCCUCCUGCAGCUCUGCAAGCUGGCUGUCAAUCACCCGGGAGGGGCGGAUAUCCUGGAGGCUGCUGGGAGCUGCCUGGGAGAGCUGGGGCCGCUGGACCUCUCCACCAUUGCAUUGCCCCAUGGGAAGGAUCGGGUUACUGCCCGCGCCUCCGACCUCUUUGUGGACAUCGAGCUGCGGUGGGCCUUCACCCUGUUUACCUACAUGAACAGCGCGCUCACCCACCACCGCAUCGAAGUGAGACAGGCAGCUGCUCAGUGUCUGAGGGACAUCCUGGCCACUCAGACCGGGCUUGAGUUUUGGGCGGCGUACAAAGACAGUAAGGACCCCAUGCUGGUCUACUUCUGCCCCUUCAGAUCAGCCAAGAAGAAGGCUGUGGAGGUGAGAGUGCCGGAGGCCAGCUCGGACUCCCGGGCGCAGCUGGAGAGCCCGGCUCUGUGGGACCCCCAGCAGGGGCAGCACAGCGACUGGCUGAGGAGACUGUGUCUGGCGCUGCUGGACAGCGGGGGGGUGCAGAGCGAGGCUCUACUGCUGUCCCGACCCCUGUGCCAGGUGAAGACGGACUUCUGCCAGAAAGCUCUGCCCCUCUUCGUCCACAACAUCCUGCUGCGGGACACGGAUGGCUCCUGGAGGACCCUGCUGUCCAAUCGCAUCGGAGACUUCUUCACCUGCUGCGCCCGCAGCUCCUCCUCCUCCAGCCGCUCCACCACGCCCCUCCUCCCCGACUCUGGAGAGACAGAUUUUGCGAACCAGGGCCCAGUGGACAAGAUCUCCCUGCGCACGAUGCUGGCGGUCAUCGACUACCUGAGACACCAGCCGAGAUCACCGCCUGGCAGCUCCUCCCAGGGGACCGUCUGCGACUCAAACUUCUGGCUGGAGCUGAACUACCUGGAGGUGGCCCGGGCCGCCGAGACCUGCUCCGCCCACUUCACCGCGCUGCUCUACGCCGAGAUCCACGUGGACAGGCGCAGGUCCACCCUGGAGGACAGCCGCAGGUCUCAGUCCAGGACGUCCCGCAGGAUACUGUUUGACGACGGCAGCCAGAACUUCGCCAUCGCCGGGCUCACGGAGAACGGUGGGGAGGACACAGGCAUCAGCCUACAGGACCUGCUGAUUGAGGUGUACAGGAGCAUUGGAGAGCCAGACAGUCUGUAUGGGUGUGCGGGAGCCAAGAUGGCCAGUCCUCUGACCAGGAUCAGGACGUAUGAACAUGAGGCUCAGUGGGGGAAGGCCCUGGCGACCUAUGACCUUCACACCAGUCUCCCGGACGUCACACGACAAGUGGGGAUCGUGGAGGCCCUGCAGAAUUUCGGGCUGUGCGGCACCUUGGUGACGUACCUGCGGGGGCUGGAGAGCGAGGGGGCGGACUGGGGGGCGGAGCUUAGGGAGCUGCAGUUCCAGGCGGCCUGGAGGAACACGCAGUGGGACUGCCACCUGUCCGACAGGAGUGAGAAAGCGGACCCAGGCUUUAACGAGUCGGUGUUCUACGCCCUUCAGGCUUUGAGGGAUAAAGAGUUCUCCGCGUUCAGCCAAACGCUGAGAAACUCCAGGGUCUCUGAGGUGGAGGCUCUGUGCAGGGACAGUCUGGAGGCCGUCUCCUCUCUGUAUCCAGCUCUGUGUGACCUGCAGAGGAUCAGCGAGCUGGAGAGCGUGGGAGAACUCUGCUGCAGCGGGCUGACGGAGCUGGGCGUGGCGGAGAUGCUGGGGCGCUGGCGGCGGCACUCGGAGCUCCUGGCCGACAGCGACUUCGGCCUGCUGGAGCCGGUCCUGGCGCUCCGCACGGCGGCGCAGGAGACGCUGGUGCUGCGCGAGCGGGACGCCGGCCGGAGGGAGGGCCUCCGCGCCGCCCUCGCCUACCACCUGCUAGAGCUCUGCAGGCUCGCCCGCGCCGCCGGGCGCACCCAGCUGGCGGAGAGGGCGGUGUUUCAGAUGAAGCAACACGGCAGACCCAGCGCUGGGACGGGCACGUCGCCAUGGCAACUGGAGGAGGCCCAGGUGUUCUGGGCCAAGCGGGAGCAGAGUCUAGCGCUGGGCAUCCUCAGGCAGAUGAUCGAGACGCUAAGCGACCAGGUGGACUUUAACCCUGCGCUGAGCCCCAUGUACGCAGAGUGCUUGCGGCUGUGUGGCAGCUGGCUGGCAGAGACCUGCUUGGAGAGCCCAGGUGUCAUUCUGGAGACGUACCUGGAAAAGGCGGUGGAGGUGAUCGAGGACCACCCCGGCGGGGAGGACGCCCGUCUGCUGGCCCAGAAGACGCAGGCCUACCUGUCCCUCGCCCGGUUCUCGGACGCGCAGUACCAGAGCAUGGAGAACUACAUGAAGUCGUCCGAGUUCGAGAACAAGCAGGCCCUGCUGGAGAAGGCCAAGGAGGAGGUGCACCUCAUGAAGGAGCACAACGUCAACACCAACAGGUACACGGUGAAGGUGGAGCGGGAGCUGGCGCUGGAUGAGCGGGCGCUGGCGGGCCUGCGGGCGGACCGGCGGCGCUUCCUGCUGAAGGCGGUGCAGAACUACACGCUGUGCCUGGCGCUGGGCUCCGACCAGGACCUGUGGGUGUUCCGCCUGGCGGCCCUGUGGCUGGGCAACGCCGACGACGCCAGCGUCAACAAGGCGGUGGAGGAGGCCGUCGAGAAGAUCCCGUCCCACAAGUUCCUGCCCCUGAUGUACCAGCUGGCCGCGCGCAUGGGCACCAAGGUGCCCCGUGGGACGGAGGAGGACCUGGGCUUCCACGACGUCCUCAACGAGCUUAUCUGCCGGGCAUCGCUGGACCACCCUCAUCACACCCUCUUCAUCAUCCUGGCGCUGGUGAACGCGAACAAGGACGAGAACUUCGCCCGCACCCGACUGUCCAGGAGCACCCCCAGACAGCCCUCCCAGCUGGACAAGGAGCGUUCGGACGUGGCGCUCAGGAUCAUCAAUGAGAUCCGGAAGCAGAGAGGCCGGAUGGUGAGCGGUUUGGAGGCGCUCUGUAACGCCUACAUCACCCUGGCCUACCUGGACGCCAGCCGCCACAAGAACGAGAAGAAAGCCAUACCCAUUCCCUCUGACCAGCCUAUUAUGAAAAUUAAGGACCUGGAUGAUAUUGCGAUCCCCACCAUGGAGAUCAAGGUGGACCCCACCGGUCGCUACGAUGACCUGGUCACCAUCGAGUCUUUCAGGCCUCACUACCACCUGGCCGGGGGCGUCAACCUCCCCAAAAUCAUCGACUGCGUGGGCUCCGACGGCAAGGCCCGGCGGCAGCUGGUCAAGGGCCAGGACGACCUGCGGCAGGACGCGGUCAUGCAGCAGGUGUUCCAGAUGUGCUCCACGCUCCUGCAGCGCAACGCCGAGACCCGGAAGAGGAAGCUGAACAUCCGCCGCUACAAGGUGGUGCCCUUCUCCCAGCGCAGCGGGGUGCUGGAGUGGUGCUCCGGCACGGUGCCGCUCGGGGACUUCCUGGUGGACCCGCAGAAGGGCGCUCACCAUCGCUUCCGGCCCGCCGACUGGACCAGCCUCGCCUGCCGCAGGAAGAUGCACGAUGCGGUGAGGUCCGGCUCGGACACGGCGCAGGCCUUCAGCGAGGUGUGCCAGAACUUCCGGCCCGUGUUCCGCUACUUCUGCAUGGAGCGCUUCCUGGACCCCGCGGUGUGGAUGGAGAAAAGGCUGGCCUACACCCGCAGCGUCGCCACCUCUUCCAUCGUGGGCUACAUCGUCGGACUCGGGGACAGGCACAUCCAGAACAUUCUGAUCGACGAGCUGAGCGCCGAGCUCGUGCACAUCGACUUAGGUGUGGCAUUUGAACAGGGUAAGAUCCUCCCCACCCCUGAGACCGUACCCUUCAGGCUGUCCCGGGACAUCGUGGACGGGAUGGGUAUCAGCGGAGUGGAGGGUGUUUUCAGAAGAUGCUGUGAAAAAACCAUGGAGGUCAUGAGGAGCUCCCAGGAAGCCUUGCUGACCAUCGUGGAGGUGCUCCUGUACGACCCCCUGUUUGACUGGACCAUGAACCCGCUGAAGGCCUUUCACCUGCAGCAGCAGCAUGAGGAGCAGACCGAGCUCAACGCCACGCUCAGCUCCACCCCGGGGGGGGACGUGCUGGACGCCCCCGGCAAGGCCAGUAGCGACACGCAGAGCUUCAACAAGGUGGCAGAGCGGGUUCUGCUCCGCCUGCAGGAGAAGCUGAAGGGGGUGGAGGAGGGGGCGGUGCUCAGUGUGAGCGGCCAGGUCAACCUGCUCAUCCAGCAGGCCAUGGACCCCAAGAACCUCAGCCGCCUCUUCCCCGGCUGGCAGGCCUGGGUGUAGCCGCUGCCAGCGCGGCGCCACGCAGCUAAUGCUAACAUCUUCCAGAUACUUCCUGUUUCCGUUUCCACUGAACUGCUUUGUUCUUUGUUGCUGUUUUUUUUUCUCCCUCAGUUCCGUUUGCUUUUUAAAAGAGCUGCAUCUCUUCUGAACAUCACCGUGCACCCUGUGGAAAGAUGUUUUAAAAAAUUUUUUUUAUAGAAACGGUCAGUGUAAUCCAUCUUUAAUCAGCCUGUAGGCCGCGUACAUUUCAGUCAUACGGUUAAGAUUUUCAUAGUACGCUUAAACGUGCCUUCUGUUUUAAAAAAAAUACUUCCAGAAUCUUAAUUUCAUCCUGUUGGAAUCCUGACUCUCAGGAAAAAUUCAGGUUUUUUCCUUCACACCCCCUUCUCUGGUCUGGGAAGUCCUCUUGGUACAGAUGCAUACAGAAAUUGUGUAUCUCAUUAUCAACUCUGUAAAGAAAAAGACUUUUCUCUCAACCUUCUGAACCCACAUGCAAAUAUGAAGAAAAUGAAGUAAGUAAUGCAGUAGAUAUCCAAAUAAAAACCAUCCCCAAAAUGCUGCCCAUUUGUAGUCUAUGAACGGUUCGUAUGGAAAUACUUGAAACUGUAAAUUUGAAAACCUUCAUGCGAAUACUGCACUGAAGUGCACUUAGUGAAAACGUGAUCAAACCCUGUACUGGGCAGUUUAUGCAACCGAGCUUAUGAAUGUGUUAUAUGCGCUUAUUUUUUUCACAAAUAAACUUAUCGGCCUUUUAUACGUAAGCAUUUGAUGUCUGACAGCCGUUUGAAUGAAUUCCUUCUGUAUCAUUUUAAAAAAACUUGCCUAAAAGAGUUGGUGGAUGUAAGAAUGUAAAGACUUCUAAUAAAAUGUGUAAGGGAAA